UCAAAGUUGGCUCGCUUGACGCUUUCUUCGAGAUCUGAAACCUCUUUCUCCGAGCUCUCUCAGUUUUUCUCUUUAUCCUUAUUCGCACUUCAAUUUCGCGUCAUUUUCUUUGACGGAUCUUUGUCUUAUUUGAUCAAGGGAUAUCCGAAAAACCAAGGCUUAGGCGACUCGAUAUCUUAGCGGCGGAUCCCAUCAUGCCGAGCUCAUGCAGCGAAUGCGGUGGGACGGUACUAGAGUACGACAUGGCUGCAGGGAACGGAGUCUGCGUGGCCUGCGGCAUGGUCGUAGAAGAGAACACGAUCGUCAGUGAAAUAACCUUCGGGGAAACAUCGAGCGGUGGGGCGAUGGUGCAAGGCUCAUUCGUGGGGCAAGGAGCCACUGGUGCUAGAUUCGGCGGUCCCUACGGCAAUCGGGGGAACGGAGACUCAAGGGCGCAGACAUUAGAGAAUGCUUCCAAGAAGAUCCACAUGGUCUCCUCCGUACUUCGACUAUCAGAGACAAUCUCAAAUGCGGCGCUGCGCAUGUAUACAUUGGCCGUUGAGCACAAGUUCACUAAGGGCAGGAAGAGCAUGAAUGUGGUCGCAGUCUGCCUCUAUAUCGCUUGCCGGCAGAAAGAGACCUACAAUCAUAUGCUGAUCGACUUCUCCGACUUGCUCCAGGUCAAUGUUUUCGAAUUGGGCCACACGUAUCUACAACUGGUGCAGACACUCAACCUGCGCCUUCCCCUGGUCGAUCCCUCGCACUACAUCGCACGCUUUGCCGCGCUGCUCGAAUUCGGGGACGAAACACCGAAAGUGUCUGUCGACGCCAUCCGGCUGGUCCAGCGCUUCGAUCGCGACUGGAUGAGAUGUGGCCGACGCCCUGCGGGAAUUUGCGGUGCUGCGUUGCUCCUCGCAGCCCGGAUGAACAACUUCCGGCGAUCGGUGCAGGAGAUCGUGCAAGUGGUCAAGAUCGCUGAUACGACCCUGAAAAAGCGGCUGGAUGAGUUCAAGAAUACGCCAAGCGGGCAACUGACACUUGCCGAUUUCCGCAGUGUGUGGCUCGAUGAGGAGGUUGAUCCGCCGGCCUACACACGGAAUAAGCAGAAGGAAGAGGAGGACCGACUUGCUGUGGCGGAGGCUGCUGAUGAGGCCCUGAUGGGCGGUUCCAAAGAACCAGAGGGGAAAGUGAAAGGAAAGAAGAAAAAGAAGGGAAAACGGAAACGAGAGGAAAGCGACCAGGAUGAUGAGCAGAUAGAGGCAUCGAAAACGGACGGUGUCGAUGCAACUACACCCCUGCGAGUUCCUUUAGAUCCUUCGGAUCUCAAUGCUGGCAUCCUCGCUGGCACCUCCGCCGUUCCGCUGUUUUUGCCAGAUCUUGACGAGGAAAUGAAUCUGGUCGCUGACAAGGAUGAUCCAAACAUCGACCCAGCACUAUUGUUUCCACCUUCGACUGAUCGCACACUCGUCAACUCGUCAUCUGCCGCAGAGACUUCUCUAUCCGAAGCGUUGUCAGAAGAAAUGACGAACUAUCUUGAGAAUACUCAGGGCGCGAUGCUCUCGUCUGCUUUAGACGAGGCACAGGCGCGUCGGAUAGCUCAGUUCGAGACCGUUGACGAGCUUUUGGGUCUCAACGAGGACGAGCUCGAUCGAUUCAUCUUGACGGAAGACGAGGUCAAGGUCAAGGAACGGGUCUGGGUGGAACUGAACAGAGACUACCUUGAAGCAUUGGCAGCUAAGGGGGACGAGGAGAAGCAGGCGACUAAAUCGAAGAAGCGCCGGAAGACAACUUCCAAUGUCCCACGCGACACGUCAAAUCCUACAGCGGACUCUGCGGCCGACUCGGCCGAGCAGCUCGUGAAGAAAAACAGCCGAUACAGCAAGCGUAUUAAUUAUGACGCGUUACGUAAUCUUCUGGUGGAAGGUCCGACAUACGACGAGAAGGACGACAGCCAAUUGUAUACUUUCGACGACAAAGAUGACGAUGAAGGCAUGCAGAAUCUCGUUGUAAUCGAAGGCGAAGCUGAGCCGGCACCUCCCUUGAUCCGGAGGACACCCAAGUCUACAGCUGCCGCACCGCCAGAGGACGACGAAGACGAAGAGAGCGACAAGGGCGAAGACUUGGGCUGGGAACAGGAGGUGUAAUUUCUUGUUGUUAAAAUUCCAAAGCAUUUGUAUUUGUAUUCCAUGGCAUAAGGACUGGCAUGACACCAAUUCACAGUCAAUCGAUUCG